AUGGAACAACUCAAACGGCUAAAGGGAGUGAGGGGCCGUCUCAAAUCCAGCCUCACCAAACUGCUACACACAGCAGAAAACUCUUCCGCAUCAAUCGGCGUUGACGCCGUGGAGGUACUGCUAGUCAGGCUCGACAAGGUUUGGAAUGAUUUCGAACUUGCCGGAGAUGAUCUGAGCGUGCUUGACGACGUCGAGGGCUGGGUUGAUCCUGCGGAUGACUACGACGAGUAUGAGGCGAAGUACAUAAAAGCCCGUGCGCUUUUGUUUUCCCUCAAGCGCUCACAGGAGCCGACAACACCAACAACAACGAGACAUGCAGAAGGAGAUUCAAUAGCUAACAACGACGCUAUUUCUCGCUUAGUGCAGCAACAACAAGAGUUUUUCGAACGCCUAGGAGCAACUUCAACACCAACCCAGGCUGAUGCCGCGGCGCCACCAGCCUUCAAAGCACUGUACAUAAGCACUGUACAUAGCAAGCAACAUCUGGGUAAGAUACAAAAGUACCGCUAUCUAAAAUCGUUCCUCGUGGACGAGGCUGCAAGUUUGGUACGCCAUUUGCCGAAUUCUGAGAUGGCAUAUGACAACGCUUGGGAGCGCCUCAACGUGAGAUACGAUCGACCACGGCAAAUUAUUCACAACCUGUUGGACACCUUUAUGGAGCUACCAUCGACUGGAGACCAUGGAGAGGUAUCCAUAUUGCGUAGCAUAUCAGAUGGUGCAAAUGAGGUCAUCCGUGCAUUGGACUCAAUUGGCCAUAUGGACCGAGACUGCUGGGUUAUCCAUUUAUUGCUGAACAAAAUCGAUCCAGAGUCACGCCGCAAAUGGGUAGAUGCAAGCCGUGCUUCAAAUUCACCAAAAGUCGAAGAGUUCUUCAAGUUCCUGGACGCACGAUGUGAAGAAUUUGAGCUGUGUCAAAGCGAUCCUGUACCGAGACAGGGUGGUAACAACAAGAAAACAAGCAGAGCCAUGGUAACUGCUGCGCUGACAAAAUGCGUGAAUUGUAAUGCGGAUGGGCAUCAACUGUCUAAGUGUCCUCAAUUCAUUGGUCACAGGUCAUCAAACUGUAGCUCAAAGUACAACUGUCAGCAGUGUGGCAGCAGACACCACACACUCAUACACACGCAUGCUAUGCAGACCAUCGAGGGUCAAAUCACAUCCACGUCUUUAAGCGAUCACAAGGAUCCAGACACGACAUCGGUGACUGCGAGUCACAUGUCACAGGCACUACUCACGCCAACCCUAUUGUCACAUGGGCAAGUAGGACGAACAUGUACUUUGCCAACUGCAUUGGUACACAUCCGCAACUCUCAAGGCACAUACACAAAUUGCCGGGUGCUACUCGACACGGGCUCGGAGUUAUCAUAUGUAUCGGAACGCUGUAUUAAGGCACUGGGUCUUAGUCGGGUUCCUGGGCGGAUUCUCAUUUCCGGCAUUUCUUCAAUCAAGGCCGAUACCACGAGGGGAUUCAGCACACUCACGAUCAAGUCUCGAGUUUCUGAUCACUCGCUACAAGUAAAGGCUCAUAUUCUAGGAAAAAUCACAUCUACGCUGGCAAGGGAAAACAUCGAUGCAUCUGCGCUUGAGAUCUUCAAUGGGAUUCCGCUUGCAGACACUGAAUUCAACUCGGCAUCGCCUAUAGACGUCCUACUAGGCACCGAUUCUGUAUGGGCUAUUUUAGCCGGCAACAGGAAGCUGGAUGCGCAAGGCAACAUAAUAGCUAUUUCAACAAUCUUUGGAUGGGUUAUCACAUCGAUUGCGUAUCAAAAUCCAUCAAUCACCACGUCAUUUUUGUCUACAGUCGAUAUCCAUGCUACUCUACAAAGGUUUUGGGAAAUCGAGGACUCCCAAAUCACCACUCACCAUGAUCCUGAAAAUGUUAAGGUUGAAGAGCAUUUUCAAACCACGCACUCACGCGACUCCAAGGGAAGAUACACCGUAGAGCUUCCAUUCAAGGAUGCAGAUCCACAAUUCACUGACACUCUGCAGGGAGCAACCCAACGCUUUGCUUCUGUGGAGCGCCGUCUACAUAGAGACACAGAUCUGCACUCACGGUAUGUACAAUUCAUGCAAGAGUAUAUUUCUCUAGGCCACAUGCGCCAAUUGAACCCUGACGAAAUUCUCACCAACGAUGGAAGGGUAUUCUACAUGCCACAUCACCCUGUACUUGGAAAGAAACUACGAGUAGUUUUUGACGGUUCAUUCCAAGAUUCUUCUGGUCAAUCUUUAAACGACGCCCUGAACGUUGGGCCGAGCAUUCAACGAAACCUGUUCGAUGUAUACGUACGCUUUCGUUUACAUAAAUACGUUUUUUCUGCGGACAUUAUCAAGAUGUUCAGGCAAAUUUGGAUCAACAAGCUUCACCGCAACUAUCAACGUAUCGUUUGGAGAGAACAUCCUUCAGCUCCACUUCUACAUUACCAACUCUGCACUGUAACCUAUGGCACUGCGGCGUGUGCACCAUUUCUGGCUGUACGGGUUCUCGAGCAACUGGCCAGAGACUACCAACAUUUGCAUCCAACUGCUGCGCGCAUUCUUCUUGAAGAUUUCUACGUUGACGACGUUUUAACAGGAGCUGACACCGAGGAAAAGCUUCUACAAUACAAACAAGAACUAAUUCAACUAAUGUCAUGUGCUCAACUCGAGCUUGGAAAAUGGAUUUCCAACAGCAACCGCGUUGUCGACCCUGAGACAACAAUCACAAACAAUACAUCAUACAGUCCACUCGAAACUACGAACAAGGUUUUGGGAAUUCAUUGGCAACCGCACACGGACACAUUGGCAUACAAGGUAUCUUUGCCCAGCGAGGGAAGGAUUACAAAACGGCAAGUUUUAUCAGACGUGUCUCGCAUUUUCGACCCACUUGGAUUGCUGGCUCCAGUGGUUAUUCAAUUCAAAAUCCUGUUCCAAGAACUUUGGGUUCUCAACUUAGUCUGGGACAGCCCACUACCGCUCAGCCUGGAAGAUUGGUAUCUCAAAUGCAAGCACGAUAUCAACACGCUCAAUGAACUUGAGAUUCCACGCUACAUUGGCAACUCUACUGACACAAUUGAAUUGCACGCCUUCUCGGACGCAUCUAUAAAAGCCUACGCCGCUGCCGUUUACAGUAGAGUCACUCUCCCUGAUGGUAACAUACAGGUUACUCUUAUUGCUGCAAAGACUCGUGUUGCACCGCUCAAAACACAAUCACUUCCACGCCUGGAAUUGUGCGGCGCACUGCUACUAAGUCGACUCAUCAACUCAGUCAAAGCUGCACUGAAAAACUACAACGUCACUGUUUACGCCUGGUGCGACUCUACCAUUGUUUUGGCUUGGCUCUCGCACAUACCUGCCAAACUAAAGACUUUCGUCGCAAACCGCACUGCCGAAAUCCUCAGCAUCAUUCCACGAGAUCACUGGCAACAUGUCAAAUCAGAUGACAACCUUCCGAAUUGA